CAGCGCAUGGUGGGGGAGACGCGCGCGAAAACUCCGCUCGUGUGGCUCGAAAAGCCGUCAAUUCAAUGCUAAAUAAUAGUGGAUAGCUUUACAUAAAAUGGAACCUCUCAAAAUGCAUUUGGAUGCCCUCGAGAUGGCAGGCAAAAUGGUUGACAAACACAUUAUAGCUGACAGUUAUUUUCCUUCCUUAAUCAAUCUUAUGCGAUAUAACGUUCAAGGAGGUCCGACAGUCAGUGGAUUAGACGAUCAUGAUUAUCCAAACUUGAAUGGGAAUUCUCUGAGUUUGACUAGUAUUAAUCAAAUGCGAAUGCACAGCAAAAUACCACUGCCAUCAGAAGUCAUGGAACACUUCAGUCACAUGCAAUGUCACUGUAUGAUGGGCUUGUUCACUGAAAUAUCAAAAGCCUGGCUCACAAUUGACAGCGACAUCUAUGUCUGGUCUUAUGAAAAUGAAUCUGAUGUAGCGUAUUUCGAUGGUCUCAACGAAACAAUCAUCAGUGUGGGUUUAGUCAAGCCGAAACCAGGAAUAUUUCAGAGUUACGUUAAAUAUUUGUUGAUUCUAACGACCACUGUUGAGAUUACAAUUCUCGGUGUAACAUUGACGGAAACUACAGAUGGAAGUCUUGGAGAAAUCCAACUCGUGCCAGAGCCAAUAUUUACAGUGACGACUGACGGAAUAGCUAUCACGACUAUAGCAAAUACGAGUAGCGGAAGGAUAUUUCUCGGUGGAAGGAAUGGUUCUCUUUACGAGAUUCAUUAUCAGGCAGAAAGCACGUGGUUCGGGAAGCGUUGCAAAAAAGUGAACCAUUCCGAGGGACCAUUGUCAUUUUUAGUGCCAUCAUUUGUCACCGUUGCCCUGUCCGAGGAAGAAGCAAUUGUCCAAAUAUCGGUUGAUGAUUCUCGCAACAUUCUCUACACUCUUGGCGACAAAGGAACGAUUAUGGUGUGGGAUAUCGACAACGGUGGAGCUUCGAAAAUCACGUCUUUGUCGCAGUCUUCUCUCGUCCAAAACACCGUUCACGUUGUGAAAACUCUCGACAGCAACAAUUUUCGUCCUCUGGUCAGCAUAUCGGCGAUAUCGGAAUCCGAAUCGAUACAUUUGAAUCUCGUUGCGGUCGCCGCCACGGGAACACGUUUUUACUUUACUUGUACGUCGGUUACGAAUCCGACAGCUCGACCGCAAGGACUUCAACUUGUACACGUGAGAUUACCCCCAGGUUAUGCGGCUAAUGCUCCGGUUAUGAGACCACGAAAAGUUCAAAUGGCGCAUUACAGGAAAGGAACGCUUAUUCUCGUAUGUGGAGGGGAUACCGAGACAGCGUGGUGUCUUAGUAACGAUGCAUAUCCUUUCACCAGCUACCUCGCAGAAACCCAAAGUAUUUUACCUUUGGACAGUCCGGCCUGGGCAAUGGCUGAGAUUCUCGGUGAAUCCGCGAUACAAAUUGACAAACAGAGUGGUUCUCAGGGAGAGCCUCCUCUUCUCGUGAGACAGCAUAUGGAACCACCGAGAAAAUUUAUCUUUCUAACUGCCCAAGGUGCCAUAGUUCUCGUACAAGUUCGUCCGGUUGACAUACUGCGACAAUUAUUACUCGAGCAACGUGGGCCCGAUACCGAGGCUGUUCGAGCAUACUUCGAGACUCAAUCGCCCGAACAAGCUUGUGCGACUUGCCUCAUACUGGCAACACUCGAGAGUUCCCAAAACGCACAGUUAUCUGACUGGGCAACGAGAGCAUUUUUCCUCUAUGGUGGAUCUUGCAAUUCCUCGAUUCCACAAUCGAUAGAUAUUCACGGUGGAUUCUCCAACACUGGAGCAGAUUUGAGAACUUCGACACCGAGAGUAACGGGUACUUUCGACACUCGUUCUGCGAUGUUCCGGUCACAAGUUGGUACGCCGCAACAGGAAGUGGGUUUGCAAACGUUCUCGAGCAAACACGCGGGUCUUUAUUUCUACGUUGGCAGAAUACUGCGACCAAUAUGGACGAUGCGUUGUAUCAAACAAGAAACUGUUAACAACAAAUCCCAAAUUAUGAGUACAGUACCGGCGGUGCAAAUUGGUUGGAUACUCGGUCAUCUCCAAGCUCUCAGAAGUUUCUUAAACAAAAAUACUCACAUAUCGAAACAGCAGAGUGUUGGUGGUGGUGGUGGUGGUGGUGGUGCGAGAAACGUGAGCCACGGUUUCGACGCAUCGAUAACGUCGCAUUAUCGUACCCAAGAAUAUCAAGAACCGUUGAUCGAAGAAAAGAAUUCUCUUGAUGCUCUCAAAGUUUUUAUAACCCACGCUUGUGAAGUUCUUGGCUUGUGGAAAAUUCUUUGCGAAAAUCAAUUGCACAAUAUCGUCAAUUGUUUGUCCAAGGAUCAGAUAGCUCAAUUCUCAAACGCUAAAUUUCGCGAUCUCAUACUAAUCGGUCAUGAGAUCUCUUCGCUUCUUAUAAUUCACCUUAUCGACAGUUAUUUAGGCGAUAACGCUUCGAUAGACUCGGUAAGCGCAAGACUGCGCGAAGUCUGUCCGAAUCUGUACAGAAGCGAAGAUGCAAUGUGUUCCAAAGCGAAUGAGAUUAUUCUCAAAGCCAAAAGUUGCCUCAGUCCCGACGAGAAAGAAGCCUACUUGCAAUCGGCGCUCAAGUUGUGCAAAGAAGUUGCCCCCAGAUUAAAUCUCGCGGCUGUUUGUCAACAAUUCGUAGCUUGCCACUUUUAUAAAGGUGUCAUUGAGCUCUGCCUGUGCAGCGCCGAGAAAGUUGAUCCCAACAACGCAGCUCUGCACUAUUACAAAAAUAACGAACCCGCCGAGGAUCAAGAAGGCAACAUGGCUUAUGUCAAGAGACUGGAAAUUUAUCGCGAAUUCACUGCUAUGCUGGAUCAUCUCUACAAUCAAAGCAUUUCCAAUCCACUUACUCCGACUGUACCGAGUAAGCCUGGACCACCGAUUUACAAUACAACACCAACUACGAUGCCACCUGCCAAACAAGUGUUGCAUGAAAUUAUCGAAGAUGCUCUACAAUCGCCGUGUGAAACUCUGCACGCAGCCGUCUACGGUUGGAUGAUAGAACGUGGUCUCCAUGGUGAGCUCGUUGCUCUCGCAGCGCCGUCGCUAGAAGCUUACCUCAUUCGCGUCAACGCACCCGAGUUGCUCUGGCAAUAUUACGAGAGAAACAAGAACCACGCUGCGGCAGCAAAAAUUUUGGAUGCUCUAGCCACGAAAAUUGGCUCCGACGUUUCGUUGUCUCAACGUGUCGAAUAUUUAGCACGCGCCGUUGUUUGUAUGCGAAGUGAUCAAGCUGGCUAUGCACCGUAUCUUGGAGUAUUUCUCCGUGAGUUAGAGGACAAGGUGGAAGUUGCAAGAAUACAGCAACAGAUUUUAGAUACGAUCUGCAAUCAGCAACAUUUGUUUGACAAUAUGACAGUGAGGGACGCUAAAUUAAGACUAAACAGUUCACUUCUCGAUAUUACGCAAUUGUAUGAAGAAUACGCAGAUCCGUUCCAAUUAUGGGAGUGUAAAUUGGCGAUAAUUCACUGUUCCGGACAUCAAGACUCAAUGCUCGUUCAAGGCAUUUGGACAAAUAUUAUUGAUAACGAAUUAAUAAAUACUGCUGCUCAAUCAUCCCCGGAGGACAAAAUGUCGAUUGUUAUGAGUAAAAUAAAACUUCUCGGUCAAGAAUAUUCAGGAACUCCGCAUUGUUUCCCCAUAGAUUUUCUAUUGAAACAAUUGGAAAUACGGGCCUGCCGACUUCACGUCUCGAACACAGAUAUAAUCACUGGCUUUUUGCAGCUGGGUGUCAUGAUGGAGGAUCUUAUAGAUUAUUACGACAAAAUGAUCGGUGGCAACAAUCGUACUUGGUUGAACGAGGGAAACGAAUUCCAUCUGAUUGAAUCAACAGCCAAUUUAGUAAAUUAUUUUACCUCAAACUCAAAAAUCACGAACACUUUUACCAGAAGAAAAAUCAUUACAAAGUGCCAGGACGUGAUUUCUAAGUGCCUGACAACAUUGUUCAGUAAACCGAACAGCGGCGAAUUGAUAAGCAGACUCAGAUCGAUUCAGAGUUUAUUGAACCGAUUGUAACUUUAAUUCCGUAUAGGAUCGACGAUCUCGUGGUCAUAUUUCAUGGUAAAAUAUUUCGUCGACCAUUGUAUAAAAAAUAACAAUAAAAAAAAAGCUAAACUUGAAAAAAAAUCAUGAUAGAACAUAAUUUGAUGAUGAAAACAAAAUAAUUGGGUAAUCAGUGUAAAUGGUGAUAAGCAACAUAGCGUACUCAGUGAAAGGAUAAAACGUUUUCUACUGUACUAAUUUUUCAAAUAAAAAUAUUACCAACACAA